CUUUGUUUGAGUUGAACCAAAAGCAAGUUAAAGAAAUAGCGAAGAAGAUGGGUUGAUAAGGGAUAACGAGAUGAACGUGAAGUUGUCCUCUUCUUCAGAGGAUGAAAAAGAAAUGGCCGAAGAAGAUCGGUUUAAAUGGGCAAACGGGAUCGAGUCGUCCUCUUCUUCGGAUGAUGAAGAGUCUAUCCGAUCAAUUUUCUGUCUAAAGAAUAAUGUCUCAAUGGAAGAGUUCGACAAAGUGGAGGACUGCUACAUCUUGGAAUUUGAUCCAUUUGAAAAGCUCACCCUCAAGAAUGAUGAUGCUGAAGAGCUCUCCGUUACAGUUCAUCGAAGCCAGGUGGCUUGUUUAGAUUAUCCACAUUCAAGGCAUCUCUGUGCUAAAUUUCCCUUCUACAAAACUCCUCAUGAGGAUUACUGUGAACAGUGCUACUGUUAUGUAUGUGAUUCAGCUGCCCCUUGCAAAUCCUGGAAGAGUCCAGGAGGGCAUUGUGAUGCAACAGAGCAUGACGAGUUGUGGAAGAACCUGAGGAGAAGGAAUGUACCAGCAGCACCCGCUGUGGAUUGGUGAAGCAACUCUUUCAUCUUAGCUCUUUACAUGUGCAUAUACAUCUCGAUGACUUGUAUGGUUGCAUUGCUACUGUUAUGUAUGUGAUUCAAUUGUCACUUACAAAUCCUAGAAGAAACUAGGUGGACAUUAUGAAGCAACACAGCAUAAUGAGUUGUGGAAGAACCUGAGGCCUAAGGAGAAAGAAGAAGCCUGCGCUGCGGCCAACCAGUAGAGACCACCAGGUCUUGACACAAUUUUCCUUUAAUUUCAGGUUACCAGAAAUGCCUUCUGUUCCUUGGUAAGCUUGGGCCCUGCGAGGGUGGGUAUGUAGUGGUAGGAUUUUUAUGUAAGACUGUGUUA